AGUUGCGGCGCGGUAGGUCUGAUCCCCGCCUAAGAGGAGUCUGGGUUCGGUUAGGAAGCUCGGCCGGAGCGGAGCCCAAGCCUGGCAGACAAGCGAGUGAGCAGAAGGGCGAGCGAGUGACGGAGCGGAGAGCUGCACGGCGGCGUGCAGCGCUCUUAAGGACGCCGUCCUGCACGCUCCAGGCCGCCUUAGGUCUUGGGGGACAUCUAACGAUAAUCGGUGCCUGGGGCAAAAGACCGGGGCAUAACGUUUGCUGCCAGAGUACGAGGCCACUACUCUACUUCGAGCCCGACACGCUUGCGGUCAGGGUCUAAGGCUUGGGCGCUGCCAGGACCGAGCGGAGAUCUGGGUUUGCCUCCCGUCCCCGCUCAGGACCCUGACGUGGGUGAGGCGGCCCCGGGAGCAUGAGCGGGCAGCGCGUGGACGUCAAGGUGGUGAUGCUGGGCAAGGAGUACGUGGGCAAGACAAGCCUAGUGGAGCGAUACGUGCACGACCGCUUUUUGGUGGGGCCCUAUCAGAACACUAUAGGGGCUGCCUUCGUGGCCAAGGUAAUGUCUGUCGGAGAUCGGACAGUGACUUUGGGUAUUUGGGACACAGCAGGCUCUGAGCGCUACGAGGCCAUGAGCAGAAUAUACUAUCGGGGUGCUAAGGCUGCCAUCGUGUGCUAUGACCUCACAGACAGCAGCAGUUUUGAGCGAGCAAAGUUCUGGGUGAAGGAACUGCAAAACCUAGAGGAGAGCUGUCAAAUCUACUUAUGUGGCACCAAGAGUGACCUGCUGGAGGAGGAUCGGCGGCGGCGGCGAGUGGACUUCCAUGAUGUUCAAGACUAUGCAGACAAUAUCAAAGCUCAGCUCUUUGAAACAUCCAGCAAGACUGGCCAGAGUGUGGAUGAACUCUUCCAGAAAGUGGCAGAGGAUUACGUCAGUGUGGCUGCUUUCCAGGUGAUGACAGAGGACAAGGGCGUUGAUUUGGGCCAGAAGGCAAACCCCUACUUCUACAGCUGUUGUCAUCACUGAAUCACCACUCACCUGGCCUGGGAGAUUUAAAGGAAUUCCCCAGAGUUUCUGGACUCAGCUCAUCUGGGCUUGGGUGGUCAAAUGUCUGAGCUACCCCAGGUCCCCAUGGCAGCAGAGGUGGUACCUGCCUGUGCUGGCCCAUGGAACAGAGGCAGCAUUGGGCUAACUGUGGGUAUGAGGAGGGAUAAGGGCUGAUUUGGACCCCAGGCUUCUGCCCUGGAAAGCACUUUUGUCUGCAGAUUCUUUAAGUGGCUUCUGAUCUGUAAAUAAAAUCAAUACACUGUGAAUUACA